AUGACCACAGAUCACCAAGAUGUUUACAGCAGCCAUGCCGCUUUCUCCAUUCUAGCGUCUACAUUACUACCUCGUUCACAGCAACCAUCAACGAACAGGCCGUCAACCCAAACAUCGACAUGGGAUUUGAGAUCGUCCAUCGAUGAAUUCUUCGAGUUAUCAAAAUAUAGAAAUGAUAGAUCGAAACUAUUUCGUUGUGGGGUUACCAUCGGAUUAUCAUGGUUGCGAGAUUGGGGAGAUGGCAAUCAGCAGAAUAGAGAUUCGCUUGUUGGUCUGCUUCUUGAGCAGCCAUCCCAGAACCUGGAUUCAGAGGGAAAGCGACAAGACGAAAACAGGAUAAAGACGACAAGAGUAUUUAUUAUUCAUCCCAUACAAUCGAUCAUAUUUGCGCCAGAAAUAUUAUUCAGAGACCUUGUCGGAGCUCAACAGGCUCUUGACCACGACGGUGGCAGCAACGAUACAAUAUCUGAAGAGCAAGCAAUCAGCCUCCUGGAUAGAGUGGAACUCUUACCUGUCCAUGACUUUUCUUCUGCCACACAGGCCAUAAAUCAGGUGUCUGAUGCAAUAUCAACCAUUCGCGGACAGUAUCGUCCUACAUCAACAGAUGAAAAGGAAGAAGAAACUCAACCCCCGGAAACACUCCUCAUAAUUGAAGGUCUCGACACAAUGGCCGAAGACGUAAUACACAACUCCAACGCUAUGCGCGGAAGUGCGAUUUUGACACCUGUUUUGAGGACAUUGACACAUUUAUCGCGAACACAUGCAUCCUUUUUGUCGGUGCUGGUGGUCAGUACGACUCCGCUAGGACCUUCUAUGCUUGCGCAACAGCAUUCACAGUCUCAGACGCAAGUUUCUUCUACCCAACAGACUUCCCUCGGCGAUGGUCGAACGACGACAAUUGCCGGUGGAGGUCUAUACUCUGCAUUUGCGCGGGAUUAUACACGUUUUAAAUCUGUGGAUCAUGGACAGACACAACAACCGCUUCUAAAUACCCUUCUGUCAAGGACGAUGGAUCAGGGCAUUGAUACUCAUCUACUACUGCAGGCGAGAAGAGGACAAACCCUUGUUGAGGUCAUCAAAGAUCGGACGGGCGAUGGUUUAGGGAAAUGGUGUAUAUGGAGGUCGUGA